AUGUUCAAAUUGAAAGAUUGUAGUUGUUGCCUGAAACUUAUUAUCAUGGCAAACAUUUCAACUGAAGAUUUACUAAAAAGUGCACUUCCUGUAGAAGUGCCGCUGCCGGCGGCUGUCGAAGCGUUGCCUGUACCUGUAACUGUAGCCGUGGAGUACUCUGCGGGCAUUGAUGAGAAGUUUUCUUAUGGGGACUAUCAUUUUAGCACAGUGUUGACAAUUGGAAUUGUUAAAACCGUAAUCAUCAGGGAGAAUUUGACCAUCCACGUUUUGAUGGACCCGAAAGACAUGGAUAAAGAAUUUGACGUAUUUACACACACUGUUCAAGGAUCCUGCUGA